CAGCAUGGACUCACCGCAGCCGCUGCCAGGUCUGGAGCCACGAAACAUGCACACGGGCAACUUUUAACCGCAGCAGACACCUCUGCCGGGCGGUCACCUUGAUACCAAACACGGUCGGUACAUGUUUUAAUCAGUAGCAAGAACUUUCGGGGGCGUCGUGACUUUGUUUUUACUCAGACAAGGAAAGAAAACCCGAAGAAGUGUCUCCCUGCGUCGGUGUGACGGCUCGGAGGGAGCAUGAAAGGGACAGGUGUGUGGUGGCAGGUUAAUUAGCGGCUCCGCUUUAUUUAUUAGCUGCUAACAUUAGCUUUAAGCAUAAUGGAGCCCGCACAGUUUGUGACGUCUGGAAGCGGAGAGAGUCAGUCGUCGUCUGGUUCACACACCUUGUCCGAGGGGGAAGAAAUGACGGCCGCACUGGACUGCAAAGUUUAUGGAGAUGGAGAGUUUGAAGGUGUGAACGAAGCCGAGGACGAGACGAACGCAGAAUACAACAAGGAGACACCAGGAAAUGGAGAGGAUGGUGAUGAAGAUGACGAGGAACACGACAAGUUGGACAACAUCCUCUACCCACCGGCCACUUACCUCAGGAAGUCAAGUAACCCUGAGCUGACUCAUGGAUUAAGUCCUGUGCUCAAACUGAAGCGACAUCUCAGUGAGGAUGGAAAACAUGUUCGCAGAAGGAGCCUAGGUGGUGGUCUCACAGGAAAGUAUCUCCUGCUACCCCCCAACCUCCAGCAGGCACAGACAGCAUGGCAGCCAUCAUCUGACACCUCCAACCUGGUCCGUAUGCGUUCGCUGAAUCUUGGAAAGUCAGACCCUUCCCUCACCUCUAGCCCGAAGGAGCUGAGUCUUCCCAGGAGAGGCAGUUUCUGCAGGACGAGCAACAGAAAAAGCCUGAUAGGAAGCGGUCAGUCUUCAGGUUUACCACGACCUCACUCCCCUCUCUCAUCCCUGACAGGAACAAGCCCACAGGACAGUCCUAGAAAUUUCUCUCCUAGUGCCUCUGCUCAUUUCUCCUUUGCACGAAGUCAUUGCCACAGAGCAGACAGGACUGAUGGUCGCCGCUGGUCGUUGGCCUCUCUUCCCUCCUCUGGAUAUGGAACCAACACACCCAGCUCCACCGUCUCUUCAUCCUGUUCAUCACAGGAGAAGCUGCACCAGCUGCCCUUCCAGCCUACGCCUGACGAACUGCACUUCCUCUCCAAGCACUUCUGCACUGAGAGCAUCUCCGGGGAUGAAUGCCGCAGAGCGACAGCCAUGCGACCCCGCUCACGCAGUCUCAGCCCUGGAAGAUCUCCUUCGUGUUAUGACCAUGAGAUUAUCAUGAUGAAUCACGUCUACAAGGAGCGAUUUCCUAAGGCCACAGCUCAGAUGGAGGAAAGGAUUCAGGAGAUCAUCCGUAGCAGCUCUCCAGAGAGCGUCCUCCCUUUGGCAGAUGGUGUGCUCAGCUUUGCCCACCACCAGAUAAUUGAGCUGGCCCGUGACUGUCUGGAAAAGAGCCGGUUAGGACUCAUCACCUCCAGCUACUUCUGUGAGCUCACUGACAAACUGGAGAGACUCGUUCUGGAGUCCACAGAGCGGUCAGAGAGUGAGGAGGUGAACUUCAUCAGAGAGCUGGUAAAGAAGAUCCUAAUAGUGAUAGCCAGACCUGCUCGACUACUGGAAUGUCUGGAAUUUGACCCAGAGGAAUUUUACCACCUUCUGGAGGCUGCAGAAGGACACGCUAAAGAGGGCCAAGGCAUCAAGACGGACAUCCCUCGUUACAUCAUCAGCCAGCUGGGACUCACACGAGACCCUCUGGAAGAAAUUGCUCAGCUGACCAGCUGUGACAGCGGGAUUGCAGAAACCCCUGAAACAGAUGACUCUUCUCAGAGCCUGAGCACAGCCUUGCGAUCCCGACGAAAACCCUGUGAAUUAGACUUUGAGAUGACAAAGCUAAUCAGCAAUGGUGCCUAUGGAGCUGUGUAUCUGGUUCGACACAAAGAAACCAAGCAGCGGUUUGCCAUGAAAAAGAUCAACAAGCAGAAUCUGAUGUUGAGGAAUCAGAUACAACAGGCCUUUGUGGAGAGAGACAUCCUCACCUUUGCUGAGAACCCCUUUGUGGUGUCCAUGUACUGCUCCUUUGAGACACGGCGGCACCUGUGCAUGGUGAUGGAGUAUGUUGAAGGAGGAGACUGUGCCACCCUUUUGAAGAACAUGGGUCCGCUGCCUGUAGAUAUGGCCAGGAUGUACUUUGCAGAGACAGUACUGGCUCUGGAGUACCUCCACAACUACGGCAUCGUCCACAGGGAUCUCAAACCUGACAAUCUGCUGGUGACCUCGAUGGGACACAUUAAGCUGACAGAUUUUGGUCUUUCCAAAGUCGGGCUGAUGAACAUGACCACUAACCUGUAUGAGGGACACAUAGAGAAAGAUGCCAGGGAGUUCUCUGACAAGCAGGUGUGUGGAACCCCAGAGUAUAUUGCUCCAGAGGUGAUCCUGAGACAAGGCUACGGGAAGCCGGUGGACUGGUGGGCGAUGGGUAUCAUCCUAUAUGAGUUCCUUGUGGGCUGUGUGCCUUUUUUUGGAGACACACCAGAGGAGCUGUUUGGACAGGCCAUCAGCGAUGAGAUCAACUGGCCUGAUGGAGAGGAUGCUCCGCCUCCCGACGCUCAGGAGCUCAUCACCUUGCUGCUGAGACAGAACCCUCUGGAAAGAAUGGGCGCAGGCGGAGCGGCUGAAGUGAAGCAGCAUCAAUUUUUCCACAACCUGGACUGGAACGGCCUGCUGAGGCAGAAGGCUGAGUUUAUUCCGCAGCUGGAGUCUGAAGAUGAUACCAGCUACUUCGACACUCGCUCUGAAAGGUACCAUCACCUGGAGACGGAGGAAGACGACACAAAUGAUGAAGACUUCAACGUGGAGCUGCGGCAGUUCUCCUCGUGCUCUCACCGAUUCUCUAAGGUUUACAGCAGCUUGGAUUUGUCUCGUGGGCACCUGGAGGAGAAAGGAGAGACGGAGGAGAAGAAGAGCGAGAGCCCACUGACUGUGGACUCUCUCAGCUGGACGCCAGACUUUGCUGAAAUGCCCUCACUGUCCCACUCGACAGACACUGACAGUCUGAAUCAGGGCCCUCGCCCUAGUUUGCUCCCAAAGUUUGCCAUCUCAGCUGAGAGUGAAGGAGAUGAGACCUCAGGCCUCGGUGACCCCAGCAAGGCCUCCUUCUCCAUCGGGGAGCUCCCACAUGACGAACCCGACGCCACCACUCCUGGCAGCACUCACAGCGGCGCCACACUCUCCGGUAGUUUCUCAGAACAUCUGGAUCAGCUGACACCCAGAGGUGAGGGUGUGGAGAGCCCUGAUAGCACCAGUCACGCGUCCACCUCAGACCAGGCACCUCAGACCACCACUCUGCGGCCUGAGAGUGCUGCAGAGAAGACUGGAGCUGUAGCUAAAGUCCCAAAGUCUGUGUCAACUGGUGCCCUUUCCCUCAUGAUCCCUGGAGAUGUAUUUGGGGUGUCUCCCCUGGCCAGCCCCCUCUCUCCUUAUUCCCUCUCCUCGGACCCCUCCUCCAGAGACUCCUCUCCCAGCAGAGACUCCUCCCUCUGCACCACCAACCCUCGGCAGCCGGUCGUCAUCCACAGUUCCGGGAAGAAGUUUGGCUUCACGCUGAGAGCGAUCCGGGUGUACGCCUGUGACAGCGACAUCUACACUGUCUAUCACAUGGUCUGGAACGUAGAAGAUGGUGGACCUGCUCAUAAAGCCGGACUCAAAGCUGGAGACCUGAUUACUCACGUGAACGGAGAACCAGUACAUGGCCUCGUCCACACUGAAGUGGUGGAGCUCCUGCUGAAGAGUGGCAGCAAAGUGGCCAUUUCUACAACCCCCUUUGAAAACACUUCUAUAAAAACGGGUCCAGCCAGGAGGAACAGCUACAGGAGUAAGAUGGUCAGAUGUGGCAAAAAGCCCAAGAAGGAGAAGACGCCAGAAAGGCGACGUUCCCUUUUCCGACGUUUUGCCAUGCAGCCUUCUCCUCUUCUGCACACGAGUCGCAGUUUCUCAUCUCUGAACCACUCUCUGUCAUCUGGUGAGAGUCUCCCUGGCUCCCCCACCCACAGUCUCUCCCCUCGUUCCCCUACUGCCGCCUUCCGCCCCGCACCAGAUUUCACCCAGUCAGGAGGGAACUCCUCCCAGAGCAGCUCUCCCAGCUCCAGUGCUCCAAACUCCCCUGCAGGCUCAGGCCACAUCCGUCCCAGCACCCUCCACGGCCUCGGCCCCAAACUGCCCGGACAAAGACUCCGUCAAGGGCGUCGCAAGUCUGCCGGCAGCAUUCCACUCUCUCCUUUGGCUCGCACACCUUCACCUACCCCCCAGCCGACCUCUCCUCAGCGCUCACCCUCUCCUCUCCUCAGUGGACACUCUGUUGCAAUUUCAAAGACUACACAAGCUUUCCCAGCCAAGAUACAUUCCCCACCCACAAUUGUGCGCCACAUUGUUCGCCCCAAAAGUGCUGAGCCACCUCGUUCUCCCCUCCUGAAACGUGUGCAGUCAGAAGAGAAGCUGUCCCCCUCUUACACAGGAGAUAAGAAGCACCUGUGCUCCAGAAAACACAGCUUGGAAGUGACCCAGGAGGAGGUGCAGGAUGAGGAGCUGAGGACAGGAGAGCGGGAUUACACCGUCCUGCAGAGUGUGGAUGAAACAGCCAGUGAGCCACUGGCCAUCACCCGCUUACGACCUGUGGAGCAGGGCUGCUUAAAGAGGCCCAUCAGUCGCAAGAUGGGCCGGCAAGAGUCUAUUGAGGAGCUUGACAAAGAAAAACUGAAGUCCAAGAUGGUUGUGAAGAGGCAGGACUGGUCAGAGAGGAGAGAGUCUCUGCAGAAACAAGACGCCCUGCAUGAAGCUGACUCGUCACCUCUGUGUGGCGAUGACAGGGAUGACAGCUCACUGAUCCGAAACCAAAAUAAAACCCCGAGCAGCCCAGAGUCUGGCCCUUUAGAGACCAAAGCUGUUAGCACAACUCUUAAAGACGUCUUGUAUAAAAAACUAAACACACGUGUGUCUGAGGGCAUCACUGAGCCAUCAGGUGGCAGCAGUGAAAGUGAAGGAGGCCUCCGAUCUGCUCUCUGCUCGAUUCACCCAGAGUGGCAGCACUCACGGCAGGGGAAGGACAACAUGAAGCCAGACAGGUUGGACUUCAAAGCUCCCAGCAUCGAGUUCACAAGAAAGAGGUUGUCAUUUGAAGAGCGGGAGGACUGCAUGUGUCGGCUGUCGUCUGGCCUCCAUGAGAACCUGCACUUUGGCUCAACCAGGUCUAAGAGCCUCCAGCUGGACACAGCCAUCACUCAUGAACACAUGAAGGCAGGACUGGGCAGCGUUCAUUCAAGCCCUGAGGGUCUGUCCCCCAAGCUGUUCUCUGGGAGAGGAGAGAGCGCUGUGGAAAAACUCCAGCUCAUCUCCUCUGCAGAGUCUCCGCUCAGAAAGACAUCAUCUGAAUAUAAACUUGAAGGACGCCAUGUCUCCUCCCUGAAACCUCUAGAGGGCACCCUGGAUAUCGGUCUGCUCUCAGGGCCCAGAGUCUCCAAAACAGAAACCUGUUUAUCCAAGAUGGCAGAGAACACAAGCGACACUGUGUCUGUGAGUCCUCCAGUGUGGCUGCAGAGUCCCACGGAGAAACAGAUAACCAUCCCCCAACUAAAAACUACAGACAAGAUAAAGAGCCCCCUGACUUACUCCCUAAACCCUGAAGCUGUUUCUUCUCUAAACAGCAUCUCCAAAGAGCAGUCAAAUAAUGCAGCCACAGAAAUUAAAACCAAUGCAAGUGGUGAGAAAACACAAGAUAGACUUGGAGAAUCAUUAAAGGGCUCAACCAGCAAAGUGGAGGCGUCAACAUUUACUGUUAAACCGGAGAGCAGGACGGUUGUGAAAGCUAGUUCAUCACUGGCUCAUGACCACAGAGGCCCCCGACACAGCUCACACUUCUCCUCAUGUGGAAAAACACCCUCCAUACGGGAAGUGAGCAACGAAGAUCAGGAGGAUGAAGUGGAGCUGCAGGAUGUCACACCACGCACUACAUCACAGAGCACUGACAGCUCCAAGACAGUAGUCUCUUUGACUUCAGCAAAGCUGGAGGAUGACAUAAAAACUUCUCCUCCACCUACACAAGUGGAGAGUCCAGCUACAGCUGUCAGCGAGCCGUUACCUGUAGCCCCGAGGCCGAAUGUAAACGCUGGUUUGGAUCCAGGUCAGCGUGAGCGCUGUGAGAAAAGAAAAGCUGCUGCAGAGAACUCAAACAUGACCUCUGUUUCUAAAAUGAAUGUACAGAAAGACUCUGCACAGGUUCCACAGAAAGUGUUUUCAAAACAGCAACAGUUAAACAUCUGCUCUGCAAAUACAGAACCCCAAAUUUCUAUCACAGUAUCAGCAGUUGGCUCCGUACGUGACAAUAAAUCCAGCAGUUUGAAACCAGAAAGGGAGGACUGCUGUGAAACGUCUGUUAGUAAGGACAAUGUGCAAUCUAACAGAGAUCCAAGCAGCUCUGGCACUAAGAAGGAAAUCGACACAUGUGCUACGGUUGCAAAAGUGGGGCAGCAGAGAGAAGUUUCUACUGAGAACACAUCAUUAAAUAUCACCACAGAAGUCACACUGAGUGUGAACAAAAAGAAUUACACUGUGUCUGCUGGUGCAGCAGAGGACAGCAGCAUAUUGUUGCAGAGGAAAGAAGUUCUCAUAUCACCAAAGACAAAGAAUACAGGCAAUGAGAAAGAUUCAGAACAGCUGUCAAAAAGCUAUCCAGCUAUGAAAGCACAACACAAGUCUUCUGAUUCAGAAAUUUGCACAUCUAAGAAAGAAGACACUGUCAUCAGCACAAAAGAAAACACUGUGGUCCCUUUGGCUAAACUGAAAAGUUCGGCUUCAGCAAGUACAAAUGAAAAUGUUUUAAGUCCCAAAAGUAAGUCAAGGCCUGACCCACAGCCUGCACCACCCACAUCUGUGAAGACAGAGAAGGAGACAAAAACACUAGAAGUGAAAUCUCAUAGCACAGCUCCUCCCGUCCCCGUUGUCAAGGGCAGUCCAAUUUCAAAACAGAAAGACCUACCCAAGGAUUCUGCGCACGCAACUUCAAACGUUCAAUCAGCCCAUGACGCUAAACGGAAAGAAGCCUCGCUGCCAUCCACUGGAGCUGACAUAAAGCACGAAGAAUCUGGGCAGCCGACACAUUCGCCCACUAAUGCUGACGUGAAGCAAAGCAAAACCCAGUCCAAAUGUUCUGUAGCAAUUUCAACUCAUGCAGUAAAAGACAGCAAAGACUCAAAGCCAAAACCUGUCCCUCCUAAAACUGUCACGCCAUCAACUCUAAAGCCGGCUGUAGCUCCACCAGUUAUUAAACAGAGUCUUGACACCAAACCUAAAGACUCCUCACCCAAAAACCAAGCAGCAGUCCUUAUGGACCAUCGUGACUCAAAACCAAAAGACGCUGCUUCACCUCAGCAGCAGCUCAGGAAGGAGACUCUGCCAGCGUCAGAUGUUUCCUCUCAGCCCAGUCCACCUCCAGUGCUGCCGAAACCUGCAGUGAAAAAAGAAACCCAUUCACCGAGCAGUGGAGCCGCCUCAGGCAAAGUCUCCAGCUGUGAUUCUGCAGUCAAGGCAUCUAAGGACAGUCCCAAGUCUGAAGCCCUGAAACCAGACAGUCACAAGGCCCCAGAAGCCCGAAUCACCACCCCUGACAAGCAGGCGUCCUCCGGCCGGAAGGAGGCGGCUGAAAGGAAGAAAAAGACAGCCCAAGAGGUCACGUCUGCACAGAAAACCACAAAAAGGGACACAUCCAGGGCUUCUCCCUCUGCUCUCAAAGACAGCUCAGACAAAGACACCAGCAGGUGCAAACAGCAGAAGGAGUCACCUCGUAGUUCCAGCAACAAAAAGUAAAAAGAGGGAAAAUAGCAGCUGACAUUAUCGCUUCAGAGGUGUAAUAAAAUGCUAGAAAUGAUUUGUGCAAGCAUCAUCAUGCCUUCUUUUUUGUUAGAGGACCGGGAAAGCUGUUACUGAUGGAGAGGAAGGUGUUUUUGUGUUUCAUAAGAUUAUUUACAACACAUCGAUGUUUCUAGGUCUGAAUGUAGGCAAUUGUGUGUUGAUCAUUUUCUGAUGUUUUACAUCAAGUGAAUGUUUGGAAGUUUUCUUUGUGUUCAUUUCGGAAUGCUUUGUGCAAUCAGUAUGUCAGGGGCAACAGGGAGGAGCCUUACAGAGGUGGUGAUGUACUGUAGAGUCAGUGCCAUAAAUGAUUUUAAAUUGCACUCUUACUUCUAAACUUGGAGGACCUGAUGUCGAAGUCUUUUAAUGCAGUAGACCACACCAAUCUUUCUCAGCAACUUAGCAGCUGUUGUGUUGUUUCCAUUCAGUACGAUCAGAUUGCGUUUCUGUUGGGGUUUUGUGCAGUGGUCCACAGAGGGAACGCACUAUGUCCUGUGCUUUUCACCUAAAAUGGAAAAAAAAAAGAUACAGAAUCACACUUCGGUUCUAGAAAUCAUAAAUUAGUGAAGGGGCCUUAGAUUUUUGGGAAAUAAAACUUGCUGUUCUUAGCAAGAUGUGGUGUUUAUUCACAUUCCUCUGACAUCUGUACAUAUAUUUUUGAUUUUUAUGCAAUAUGGUGUAAAUAGGAUGACAUUGUAAAACGGGGAUACAUGGGCUUACAUGAUUGUCGUUUGUAUUAUAUGUAUAGAUUUUGCAGUGUCAUGUUUGUAUGCUCGAUAUUAAGAGUGUCACGUUCUGCUUGUGUGGUCUAAAGUAAGCUACCGCGACAUAUCUCAUCAAAGGUGUCCACUUCUUUGCAACUUUUAACAUGUUCCAAAACUAACUUGAAGAGAGGGACAAGAAGGCAUGGGGGGGGGGGGUAACUGGGCUAUUUCUGAAAUGUAGCAUUAUAUAACAAAACUGUGAGGGCUGUCAGCGUUUCCCAAGAAUGUCUUAGAGUAGAAUGUCUAAGUAGAAUGAUGACUGUGUGAAAUGCAGAAUAUUGUGUUUGAUUGAUGAGACGAACCAGCGAGUAAUCACUGCAGUAGGUUUGUAAAAGGCCGGGUUAUGCCCACGUCGUGAUAUGAGAUCAAUCAUGUGAGGAAGAUGCAGUCUAAAAAGGGUUCCACUGUUGCUGUUGUGUUUGGGACUCGAGCUUUAUCGGGGCAAAGAUUUUUCGAGGAAUCCUGAUUGUUUGUCCACAACAUAAAUUUGAUGUAAGUGUGCAAAUAGUCGGUACUAUACAUAUAGGCUGUCAUUUAUCGACACUCACUUCUUGCUAUUUACACACACCGACACAUGUUUCUAUACUGUAGAUGCCUUUAAAUUGCAAACCCCUAAAUGACGACCAGAAAGUAGCCUAGGACACUUGUAGUAGCAGUAUUUGCUCUGUUGUACUGGCUAUAGAAAAAUUAAAAAAAAAAAAAAAACAACCAAUAAUCUUGUCUACUACAUAUAUGUUGAAGAGAAAACACUUCAUUUAACCUGGCACAGCAUAUAUCUAAAUGUUCCAUACUGUAUCUAAGAAUGAAAGCGAAACACAAGAUUGACAGCUGAGAUUUUAAUGUUAAAAGAAUCUGAUGUUUACCUGCAUUAGAUAUUGUAAAUGUAUUGCUAAUGUAUUGUGAGAGAACAAAAUGCACCUUAAUGUUUGCCAAUAUUCAGUUCAGAAGGUGAGUAAAGGAGGAUCUGGAUCUGAAAGUGGUUUAUGAAUCCAACACUUAUGAUUUGAAUGAACUUAUCAAACCAUCCUUCUCCUCCCACAUACUUUUUUUUUUUCCCCUUCCUGUGACGAAAGACAUUUGAAAUCCUCAAAGCACAUUCAAUGUUUGUUUACAAAGCAUCAUGGAUGUAUAUUUUGUAUAUUGUUGAUUUGCCAAAUCUAUGUUCUGUGUCACAGAUGAUGAUGUUUAUAGUCGUGUGAGACUCUGCUCCAUCGCCACCAGGAUGAUGUUUAAGAAGAACAUUUGUUUGUGCAGUAAUCAAUGUCUUUACAUACGUCAGGUUCUUCUUUGUCUGCUUGUCUUUUCAGUUUCGUUUUCUUUCUUCCUCUGUGCAAAACUAGUAUUAGAUGAACUUGCUUACGAUGGUUUGUCUUUUAGAAUAUGUGCAAUAAAAGUGUUUUGAGUUUUGUAUUUUGCCCAAGGAAAGCUCUAUGGAUGUCAUAGAUGUUGUAUAUUAAAACAGAUAUUUAUACUUCUAAUGUUGCGUAAUACUGAAAAUAAAAUGGAAUUAUCAAUUA